AUGGCGCCCAGCAGCCGCGCUCGCUUGCACGCUCGCUCGCUCAGCCGGGCAGGCAGGAAGUACUGGGUUCAAAUCAAGGCAUCGGCUCUCGCAUACAAUGCCCGUUAUGGCCUAGGGCGAUCAUAUCUGAAGGACCGCCUCUCCUAUGUCCAAGAAACAUCCAUGGUGGAUCUCCACGACCCAUCCAAGGAAGAGUUGUCCCAACCGGCAGAAAGCUCUACCAGCCAGCAGCACAGUUCAACAGAGGUCCUUCGAGACCGCAGCCUCUCUGUGGCUACCACCGCUAGCCAUGGACGGCGCUCCUCGGUGAGCUCGACCACCAGCCGCAACCAGCGGGAUGGCCUCUACCACCGCAUCUUCCACCUGUCCGAGCUGCUGCGAGUGGAGAAGGCCCACCGGGACGACAACACCUCCAGCUACGUGGAGAUGGUGAGCAAGGCCGACCCGGAGAAGGCCAGCUUCAUCCGGCAGACCUUCGAGCGGAUCAACCAGCGGUCCUCCGCCAACAUCGCCCAUCUCGAGCAGCGUCUGCAGGACUGCUGGCUCCAGCUGAAGAAGCAGGAGCAGAGGGCCGUGGUGGCGCAGGAAAGCAACACCAGUGCCUCCUCUUCCCAGCAGCAGUUCUUCUCCCCGAAGGGAAGCUUCUCCCGUCCGGCCUCUUUCAGCUUGCCCAGGCUCCGCAGCUCGAAAAACAGCACCGCUGGGGAAAUCCACAGCCUUUCCCCCAUAGAAAGCGAGGGGAACAGUCCCACCUCGGAGACCAGCGCCAAGCCGUUCCUGGAUGAGCUGGGCGAGCUGAAGCUGAAGGAGGUCAAGGGCCAGCUGGCUGAGCUGAAGGACACUCACAGGGCCCUGGAGGACGAGUGGCGGAAGGCGGAGAAGUCGUGGAAAGACAACAAAUGGGAGAUGAUGGAACUGCUGCAAGAAGAGAAGAAGAGGCACUACAACUUGGAGGUGCAGGUCAACGACAUGAUCCAGGUCAAUCUCAGCGAGAUCACCAACCUCAAGCAAGACUUGGCCUGCACCGAAGAAAAGAUGGUCUACCAGUCUUACGAACGAUCCCGGGACAUCUGGGAGGUCCUGGACUCCUACCAGAACCGGCUGGCCAAACUGGAGACCCAGCAGCAGGUCCAGCAGCUGGAAGCCAUGGAUUUGCCUCAGGCCAGCGUGUACAAACUGUACGGGCAGCUCAUCAACUUGCUGCUGACCUUGGCCGCCAUCCUCCUGGUGUGCGUCUCCACUAUCUCCGCCUUCACCCUGCCUCUCCUGCGCACCCCGUGGCGCGCCCUGGCUACCCUGGCUGCGGUCGCCGGUGCGCUGCUGGUCUGGAACUACUUGCGUGUCAUCAGCCAUCUGGAAUGGAAAUCGUGGUGGCCCUCUGUGUAG